GCCCUUGCGCGGCACCUGGUCACAAAAUGGCGGCCCGAGGGAGACGGGCGGAUCCUGCGGCUCGGGAGCCCCUGGGCCCCGCGGGGGGCAGCGGCGGGGUUCGGCGGCCAACCGCCGCCGCCGCCGCUCCUCCUCCUCCUGCUGCUGCUGCUGCUGCUGCCGCCGCCGCCGUCGACGACGACGGCUGCGGCUCGUCCUCCGGCGGGGUCAACUUGUUCGCCAACGACGGCAGCUUCUUGGAGCUUUUUAAGCGGAAGAUGGAGGAGGAGCAACGGAGGCGCCGAGAAGAACAGGAGGAGCCACUCCCGGGGCAGGGCGGUUCGACCGCCGCCAGUCAGGCCGCGGCCCCCGGGGAGCCGAAGAGGAAGAUUGGGCCUGUCCCAACACUCAGCUUCGUGGGCAAGCGGAGAGGUGGGAACAAGCUAGCCCUCAAGACAGGAAUAGUAGCCAAGAAGCAGAAGACGGAGGAUGAGGUUUUGACAAGUAAAGGAGACGCGUGGGCAAAAUACAUGGCGGAAGUGAAAAAAUACAAAGCCCAUCAGUGCAGCGAUGAUGACAAAACCCGACCCCUUGUUAAAUAGCUUUUUCUCCCAACAAGGACUUUGUACAUACUUAUUUAAAGCAGCAAAAGAACAAUAGCAAUUUCACCAAGGACUUAAACACAGAAGAAAACUUCAGUAGCUUUCUGGCACAAGAGGACGAUUCUCUAUUACUUUUUAUACUUUGAGCACUUGACUUUUGAAACUUCUAGUAUAGAGAAUUCAGUUUCUCUCUUUCCCUCCUUGCCCAUUGCUUUUAGGAAUUAAAGAACUAUCAGGAUUUUUCCCCCCACUUUUUUUUCUUUCCCCUCUUUUCCUUUUUCAUUUUUUCUUUUUUCCCCUAUUUUCAUCAGUCUUUAUUUUUUUUCCCCCCUCUCUCUCUCUCAAAAAAAAAAUAGCCUGGAAAUUGGAUUGACUUAUCUCUGACCUUGGGCUAGUGCUUGGAACAGCUACUAAGCCUUUCUCUGGGCAUAUACCUGCCUCUGUUUCAGUCCUCACCCCCUAGUCUUACCGGCUGACGUUUUUUAUCUUCUCCACGAGCCCCUCUUGGCCAGCACACCACUUCUCCCAACCCUCUCUUGAAUGAGGUCCUCAGUUCCCGCGGCUUAGUUGGCUCUCUGUCCUCUGCCUCAUGCUUGGGGAUUUGGGAGGUCUGGCUGGGACCAGUUAUUGACAGGCAUCCUUUAAUUCCGUCCAGUGGCUUUUGUUACGUUGCUUUUCAGAAGUGUUAUCUGGUUGAGAUGCUGAAUUGCUGCUUAAACAUUUUGCAGAGCAUUGAUGGCGUUUUGCCUGUUGCCUGCCGGCUCCUUAUAAAAAUUACUCCUGCAGAAUAGUCCACCAUCCCUGUGUUCCCAUCUGGGGUGUUCUCAUCCCUCAUCUUGAGUCGGAUUUGGAUCCUGACGCUCUUCAAAAGGUGUAUCAGCCUUUUCCCAUUGCUGCACCUUUACUGAACUAACUACCCUGGGUUAAAACAGUUUUUUAAGAUCCCCAGAACAAGCAGAAGUAUUUUUUAAAUGUUUUCUUUUUUCUAAUUCUUAAAAGCCCAGGAUAUUUCAUGCCUUCUGGUAGGAAAACAUUCCUUCCUCUGAAGGAAAUCUAUCCUUAAAAAAUCUCAUGCCUUGUUCUUGUAACUAGAGCUACCCUCCCUUACUCUCCACCAUGUGCCGAUGCUUGUUAUUUAGGCACAAGAGUUGCGUGUGUGUAACCCUGAAGCUUGCUGCCGAUUUAACAGGGUGCUUAAAUUUUUUUUUUCCAUCUUUAUCCCUUUUAAUUUCCCCCUUUCACCUCACUGAGCUAAAGAUGGAUCACUGGCAUUUUUAAAAGUAAUGCUUUAAUAAUCACAUGGUCUCAUUUGAUUGGUGUUGGCACCUUUAGGUUGGUAACCUGGGGUAGUGAAGGGGGAUACAUUUUAUAUAUAUAUAUAUAUAUAUAUACACAUAUAUAUAUAUAUUUCUUCAUGACUAAUAUGUUGUCUGAGUACUCCUCCCUCCCUGCCCCUAACUCCUCCAAGAAGGUGUGAGUGGGGCAAAAACUACCAUAUAAUUCUCUAAGUCCACUACUUCCUCCUUGGUUUGGGGAGCAAGACUGAGAGGAACUUGGCUCUUCUGGCAUCGUGAAGAGUGGAGAUGCAGCGGCUGUUUACCAAAAACUUGGGGCUGGCUCUAAAAACAUUGCUUCUGUCAAUCAAAACUGCCUGCAUUUCCAAUGGGACCCGCUUAUUUUUUUUGUUUUGCCCCCGCCACCCCCCCC